AUGGCACCUUACGAAGCUUUUUAUGGUCGCAAAUAUCGCUCGCCUUUAUGUUGGACUGAAGUGGGCGAAAGGAAGUUGAUUGGUCUAGAAUUGGUUACAGAAACUGAGGACAAAAUUCGAUUAAUUCAAGAAAGAUUGAAGGCAGGUUCUGAUAGACAGAAGUCAUAUGCCGAUUUGAAGCGCAAGGACAUUGAGUUCAAUGUGGGGGAUUUCGUUUUCCUUAAAUAUCAAUCCGAUCCCUCGCAUAUUGUUCCAGUUGAGGAGAUUGAGGUUAGACCGGAUUUAUCAUUUGAAGAGGAACUGGUUCAAAUAUUAGAACGUGAGACCAAAGUGCUAAGAUGA